UUCUUCUUCUUUUCCUGUGGCGCAAAGGCUGCUGGGAAACCCUCUUGGAGGAAGCAUCAUGAGGCACCAAACAAGUUGACAACAGAGAGGCUUGCGGACGACAUAACGUUUCUAAAGUUAACGAGAGGCUCCAGCGGUGAUUAGGUCACCUCCAGUCAUGGAGGACGUAAGCGCAGUCAUGUCCUGGUUUUCCAGUCCCGUGUACGGCCGCUACUGGCAGCACUACCAGCAGGCCAUGGCCUGGCACCAGAAGCACAGGCGCGCCUACCGGAAGGCCCUGGAGGCCGCCCGCGGCCCGGGCCCCCGCCCCCGCCCCCACCAGGAGCAGCGUCCCGGCGGCCGCCGGCGCUACGCCGACUGGCACUGCGCGGAGGACGGAGACGGGGAGAGCAGCUCGGACGGCGAGAUCGAGUGCGACGUCUCCAACAUGGAGAUCAGCGAGGAGCUCCGGCAGUACUUCGCUCACACCGAGAGGCACAGGGAGGAGCGGAAGAAGCAGCAGGAGAUGGAGGCCGAGCAGGAGAGCCACGUGCCGGCCGACCAGGACCUGCACAGCGUCUCCUGGCGAGGCAGCGCGGGCCCCCCCUCGGAGAGACCCGGCGAGAGGCGCGCGGCCGAGAUGAAGAAGCUGUACGGCGGCGACGCGGCCAAGAUCCUGGCCAUGGAGGCGGCGAUGCAGCUCAAUUUCGACAGGAACUGUGACCUCAAGCAGCCCAAGUACUGGCCUGUCAUCCCGCUGAAGCUGUAGCGGCUGCGGGCCUGGCGCUUACGUGUUCCAGGUGUUGUUUUUUGUUUUGUUUUUUUGCGCAGAUAUCUAGGAACGCGGUCAGCAGCGAGACAGAGAAGCAGUCAGAGGUUUCAGAAGGAGCGUGCUGCAGGUGAUGCAAAUGUAUUCAAACAACACGUGCCCGUGUAUCCGUCCUAAUCCGUUUCCCCCUCCGGCUCGGGUGAUGUUUCAUGCUGCAGCGGCUCCUCUUAUGCCUGUCGACUUAGUUUAGCCACGGAAACGCAUCCCCAGCCCGCUCCUCUGUUCAGAGUCCCUCCUGCGCGGCCGCUCCAAAACAGAGCCUCUUCGAUUCCGCUUUGGGAUUUCGUUUAGUCUCUUUUAUCUUGUGUUUUGCACGGCAUUCGUGCGUGUUUUAAUAUAAAUUCUGUUUGUAAUAAAGUGUUCUGUGUCUGGA